AUGCCGAGCGCUGGGCUGGGCAGCCUGCGUGUGCUGUUGGCGCUUGCUGCCCUUCACCGAAGGCGGGUGACUUGCGGCAGCAGAGCCACGGUGCGGCUCACGAGCGGACGGAGCCUGACGCUUGCGGUGCCGGCUGGGAGCUCUGGCAGCCCCGGCAUGAGGUCAGAUGUGAGCUCUUCUCCAUCCACAGCCUCAGCGGCGACGGGACCACCUCCCAAACUGUGCCUCGUUUGCUCUGACGAGGCCUCGGGGUGCCACUACGGGGUCCUGACCUGCGGCAGCUGCAAGGUGUUCUUCAAGAGAGCUGUGGAAGGGCAGCACAACUACCUGUGCGCUGGGAGGAACGACUGCAUCAUUGACAAAAUUCGGAGGAAAAACUGCCCGGCGUGCCGCUACCGGAAAUGUCUGCAAGCCGGCAUGAACCUGGAAGCUCGGAAAACGAAGAAGAAGAUAAAAGGGAUGCAGCAGGCGGGCGCCACGGGCGCGCGGGACGCCGCCGAGACGCCCGGGAACAACAAGAGCAUCGUGCCCGCGUCCCUGCCACAGCUCACCCCCACGCUGGUGUCGCUGCUGGAGGUGAUCGAGCCCGAGGUGCUGUACUCGGGCUACGACAGCUCCCUGCCCGACUCCAGCUGGCGCAUCCUCUCCACCCUCAACAUGCUGGGCGGGCGGCAGGUCGUCGCCGCCGUCAAGUGGGCGAAGGCGAUACCAGGUUUCCGUAAUUUACACCUGGAUGACCAAAUGACCCUCCUGCAGUACUCCUGGAUGUUCCUCAUGGCGUUUGCUCUGGGAUGGAGGUCGUACAAACAGUCCAACGGGAACCUCCUCUGCUUUGCGCCAGAUCUGAUCAUCAACGAGUAAGUAAAACGUGGGUCUUUUUUCUGGGUUUCUCGGGGUGAUGCCUGA